UCCGCCGGGCCCGGCUCUCCCCUCCUCGCGCCCCGGGCAGUGCAGGCGCCCCGGGCGCUCCGUGAGGGCCGCGCCGGCGCCACCGUCCCACCGCACCCCGCCCGCCGCUCCGCGGAUUCCCCGUCCCGGGCCGCCGCAGCGGGAUGGCGCCGGGGCUGCUGGACCUGGUGCACUUGACAACCUGGGCCGUGUGUGCCGUGAUCAAGCUGCCGCAGCUGGUGGCGGUGCUGAGGGCCGGCUCGGCGUGGGGACUCAGCGUGAGCAGCCUCCUCCUGGAGCUGGCCGGCCUCCUUGUGUUUCUGAGGUACCAGAUCUAUUAUGGUUACCCCCUGGAGACAUACCUGGAGUUUCCUGUCGUCAUUGCACAAGAUGUCAUUCUCUUGUCCUGUAUUAUGCAUUUCAGUGGAAAAGUGAGACGAGCUUUUUUCUAUGCAGUCGUAUUUUGGGUGGGCUGGUACAUGCUAACACUGCAGAAGUGGAUAAUAGACCUGGCCAUGAAUCUGUGCACGUUCAUCAGUGCAGCCAGUAAGCUGGUUCAGCUGCAGCAUCUCUGGGAGACAAAAGAUUCGGGACAAGCGAGCGCCCUGACCUGGGGCUUGUCUGUAUAUGCCUCUGCAGCAAGAAUUAUUACAACUGUAAUGACUACAAAUGAUCGCGCAGUUCUCAUCCGUUUCAUAGUCAUGCUCAUUCUCAAUAUUUGGGUCACAGCCACAAUCCUGCACUACAGGAAGACUAAAAAGACUGAUUAGACGACACUCAUCAGCACACAUAUCAUUAACAUAAAGGAAAAAAAAAAAUUAAGCCUAGAGAAUUUAAGAAUUCUUCAAAGAUUGAGGAAGCUCUCUUUCUCUAAUAUUUACUCUUUAGUGUACUUAUAGUAUUUACAGUGCUUACAGACUUACAGUAUAGUACAUUCAUGCUUACAUUCUCUUAGAAAUAAUUCUGAUAAGAUACUUAAUUUAAGCAGCAUAUUUUUAUUGGUCAUUUCAGACAAGUUUCACUGAUAUCACAUUUUCUCUGGAUUUUUUUACUACAAGGUAUUUCAUAGUUGGAUGUAUAUAUAUUCUGGUAUCACUUCAGUACUUUCUGGUUACAUAUAAGCAAUUUUCUUCAAUUAUACACGAUCGAUUUUGCACCAACAUACUGACUUGUCCUGCUGCAAGACUGUAAAACCACAACAGAAGUUUGUCUUCUUGCAAGCAACUCAAUUAGUUCAACAUUAGCUGUCUGUAUUUUAGUAUGAAGAAAAUCUGAGUCAAGGCCCAAUCCAGAAUAAGGUUAAUCCAGUUGGGAUUGUAGCACUUACAUGCAACACUUAAAUAGUACAAUUUAUACAGCUGAUACAGGAUACCCAUAGUCACUUUCCUCAGUAUACCCAGUUUUUAUUGGAUAGGAGAGCAAAAACUCAACUAUUAAUUAUUUUUCAACCUGAGCUCUCAUUCACUGAACAUACUAUUUUGGAAACAGCAGGGACUAAAAUGUAUGGGAAUUUAUGAAACUGUGGCCAACAGUUAAAAAUGCUGUUCAAGCAAAUGUUCCUGGAAUGAUAUCCAGAAUUCCCAAACACCAUCCAUACUGACAGUGACACGUGCACCUUGAUGCAUCUCAGCAGACUGAUCUCCUGUGGUUGUCAGGUUUUGGUGAUACUGCUCUGUGGUUCAUGAAAUUUUGGCCUGUCAGUGCUAAGUGUGUAGAAGAACAUAGACUUCGCUUAAACUUUUCCUUCAGAAAUUCUAAUCAAUUUGUAGUACUUAGAGUAAAAAGGGGGAAAGGAUAUUCUUGACAACUAUUAACAGAGGAUUUCAGUUUAAGAAGUACUGCCUUCACAACCAAAAGUUACAUUAGUAAUCAUACAGCUUGCCUUCAUUUGUCAUUACAUUCCCCAAAAUUAAAAGAUAAAACAUUCCAAGAGUUCUUACGGUAUUCUGUUGAUUGGCAUGUAAAAACCUAGGCACCUUUGAUCCCAACACCCUUGAAAACUAUGGGAAGACUGCAUUGAUUUCAUUUGAGGCAGGUUUUCUUCGCAGCAUUCUAAAUUGUGUGACUGCUGUGGAGCAAACCGAUCUGCAAAAGCAGAUGUUUCUGCCAGUGAGCAUACAGCAAUUGGAGCAUUCACCAUCAGAAAACAGCUGCUUCGUACUCUAAAUUUUAGUGGGAAGGGCUGGGAAGAGAUGUGUCUUUGGGCACUGAUUUCAUGUAUCUCACGUUAUUGAGAGCAAGUCAAAGAUGAGCUUUUUUUCACUGCUCCAAUAAAAAGUCUAAAUCUUUCUAUGUUGGUUGAAAGAUUAAUUGUAAACAUUCUGAUUUUACUAAAGCUGUGUAAAGUAUCUGAAGUGGUCUAAAUGGUGGCAGGUGGCAUGUGAUACAUUUUCUAGGUGAUACUAAUAAAUGCUAUUCUUCAAGAUUGAUAGUGUCAUUCUUACAGUUAAUUUUCAUUGCGUUUGAGUUUUUAUUGUUUCCAUAUAUGGAGAGAAAAUGAAAUAUUCAUUACAGGUCAUAAAUGGGCAGCUUUCACCUUAACACUCGAAGCAUCAGGCUGAAUAUUGACCUGCCAAAUGCUAAAGAGCUCCAGCACCUUAAAAUGAAAAAACACACUUGCUUUUUAAUUAAAGCCUUUUCUUGAUAGAGAAAGAUUUGUAUGGAAUCCAAACCCUCUCUGUUAUUGACAUCUUUCACAUGCCUGAAUGAUGUAGCAAGAUGAAGCUGCUCCAUUUUUGGUUUGAGAAUCAGCACCACAAGAUGGUUUUUUAUCAUAAAAUACUGAAAAUGCAUUUAAGAACAGUUCUUAAUAGGUUACUUAAUGCAUUUUGAAUAAAUCACCUUAGAAACCUGUGGGGAAAAAAAAAGACUGAGGAAAACAAUUAAAGCUGGGUAAUUAAUGAACUUAAGGUAAAGUAAUUUUGUGGACUUGGAAAGCUGGACAAUGAGUUCUCAUUCAAGCUGCAAGAGAUAUGGAACAAAUCAGAAACUAGCAAUAAAUAGUUUUACACAUUUUUUUCCUCUCUCAGACAGUAACUUUCACUUUCAUAAACAGAGGCACAUUCAGAUUCCAGGCAAGCCCCACUAAAGCACAGACACUGUGUUUUCCAGUAGGUAAAGAAUAAUCUUCUCAGUGGCUGGAUUAAAGGCAACAGCUUUAGACAAAUACAUAGGCAGGAUAAAUCUUGUUAAACUCAUCA